AUGGCAACGUCCCCCAUCGCGGUCUCGGCGUUCACCCACACCUCCGUGUCGAGCGACUUCCACAUCGCGCGACAGUCCAAGGAUGGCGCUGUCUCGUAUCUGAGCGACCAGCGUGCUGCGCUCCUCGCUGAGAUCGACAAUGCCAAGUUUUCAUGGUUCCAUGUCAAAGUAGCGUUUGUAUCUGGCGCAGGCUUCUUCACUGACGCCUAUGACAUAUUCGCGAUCAACAUCGUCUCGUCUAUACUCGGAUACUUGUACGGCUCAGUCGAUGCGACGGAUCCAAACCUAGCAAAUCGCUCGUUGAGCUCUAUGCAACAGCUAGGCAUCAAGAUCGCGACGCCUGUGGGCAUCCUCGCUGGGCAGUUGAUUUUCGGCUGGCUCGCAGACAUAAUGGGCCGCAAGCGCAUUUAUGGUCUAGAGCUCAUCAUCAUGAUUGUCGCGACUCUCGGUCAGUGCAUAUCCGGUGCGGGCUACGGAAUCAGUUUCAUUGGUGUCCUCAUCACCUGGAGAACUAUAAUGGGCAUAGGCAUCGGCGGUGACUACCCGCUCAGCGCUGUAAUCUCAUCUGAGUUCUCGUCUGUCCACAUUCGGGGACGCAUCAUGACUGCGGUCUUCGCCAACCAAGGAUGGGGCCAACUUUCUGCCACGCUCGUUUCCCUCAUCGCCGUCCUCGCAUACAAGCGCACACUCGACACGGACUCACCCACCUUCCUGCUCCACCUCGACCAAAUAUGGCGCAUCAUCAUCGGGUUUGGCUGCGUCCCUGCGUCGAUUGCCCUGUACUUCCGCCUUACCAUCCCGGAGACCCCUCGCUACACGAUGGACAUCGAGCGCAACGUCCAGCAGGCCGCGGAGGACGUGGAUAUGUUCCUUACCACUGGCACGUACACCGUCAACCCCGACGCCGUCACGCACCGCGCACAUGCACGGCGUGAGGUCCAGUCUGACUUCAGGUCGUACUUUGGGAGAUGGGAGAACUUCAAGGUUCUGCUGGGCACAUCUUACUCGUGGUUUGCGCUCGAUAUUGCAUUCUACGGCUUGGGACUCAACUCCUCGGUCAUCCUCAACGCUAUUGGUUUUGGAUCACCCGGUAGCCUUACUGCCACCAACGCCAUAUACGUGAGCAUGAAGAACAUGUGCAUCGGGAAUCUCAUCCUCUCCGUGGCGGGCUUUGUCCCCGGUUAUUGGGCGACAUUCUUGGUCAUCGACCGCUGGGGCCGCAAGCCCAUCCAAUUCUGGGGCUUCGCCAUCCUAGCCGUGCUACUGAUCGUGAUGGGGUUUGCGUACAGGAAACUGGUGGAGACGUCGAAGGGAUUGGCGGUCUUCGUCUUCCUCUACUGCCUCGCGAACUUCUUCCAGAACUUUGGACCCAACACGACGACGUUCAUCGUCCCCGGCGAGGCGUUCCCGACGCGAUAUCGCUCAACAGCCCACGGCAUUUCUGCUGCCAGCGGAAAGCUGGGCGCCGUCAUUGCGCAGGUAGCCUUCCAGUGGCUCAAGGACAUUGGCGGCCCGAAUGCAUUCAUUGACCACAUCCUCGAAAUCUUCAGCUUCUUCAUGCUCACUGGCAUGCUGUCCACAUUGCUCAUACCCGAGACGAAUCAGAAGACGCUGGAAAUCCUGUCGAACGAGAGGGACUCUACAGACUCGUACACCGGGGAGCUUCCACGCACUCGCCUCAGGAAUGACUUCAGCAACAACCUCAGUACUGAUGAGUUCCGGAUGACUCCCAUCAGGCUCAAUCCGCUCGAGAGCAUGCCUUCCUCGUCCCAAUCUUCUCCCGUCGAGAAGAAAAUCGGGGACGGUAUUUUGAGCUCGCGGCGAGUACAUUAUGACAUAUUUGAGAUGGUCUCUUGA